ACGUCCCAGAACCCUUCGCAGGGGUGAGAGGUCACGGCACGCCAGCGCGCCAUUUUGUAACGAGGCGGAGCGGUAGCGAUGGCGUACCGGGGCCAAGCGCAGAAGGUUCAGAAAGUGAUGGUGCAGCCCAUCAACCUUAUUUUCAGAUACCUUCAGAAUAGAUCUCGAAUUCAAGUAUGGCUAUAUGAGCAAGUCAACAUGAGGAUAGAAGGCUGUAUAAUCGGGUUUGAUGAAUACAUGAAUCUCGUUUUGGAUGACGCAGAGGAGAUUCACAUGAAAUCAAAAGCCAGGAAACCACUGGGUCGUGUUAUGCUGAAAGGGGACAACAUCACCUUGCUACAGAGUGUCCACACCUAGAGAUGCCACCAGAAGAAUAACUUCUUCAGAGUGUAGUGAAUAAAUUUUGUAUGUUUCUGUAGCAUUUUUGACAUGAUGGACAAACAGAGCUAAAAUUGUAAUGUUUUUUUUAUUUUUAGGAAAUAAAAACUUUGGAACCAGUU